UACAUUUACACAACGCGUGUGAUAUAGUGUGAACGCUAAUGAAGGGAUAGAUAGGCCUACACAGGAGGAUGAUAUUCCAUGAAAUAAGCUAGCGGAAUAUGGAGCCAGUCACAGAAAUUCACACUUCAUAUUCCUCCCGCUUUCCACCUGUUUGCGCAUAGCGAAAGGAGCGGAAAGUUGGUCGGGUUUUCUCUGAACGUCCUGAAGCUAGUCUCUCUCUCUCUCUGUCUCUCUCUCUCUCUCUCUCUCUCUCUCUCUCGCUCGUGGGUGGAGGGAAACCCGCUGGUUCCUCCUCCAGCACUCGAGUAUAAAGCUCAUGCUAUGAUGAUGGGCUGUACAUAACAUUAUUCACUUGCACCUGCUUUGGAUUACAGUGUUCUUCUCACACCGCUAGUUUCUGGAGAUGUCCGCGUCCACAGAUGUCGAGAGCCAGUCCCGGUCCCGGGGCCGGCGUCUGGACGCCUUCCUCAUCGGGUCCGUGAUCGCACUCUUCCUCAUGUUCGCGGGCGCGCUCGCGGGCGCGCUCUGGUUCGCCAAACACAUCGAGAACGAGCUCAACGAGAGGAAAACACGAGAGUCCGAGUCGGAAGCAUCGACGGGCCCGCGGAACAUGCAUCUCUCCGACACCGGAGACGCGUAUAAGAUGCAGAAUUUUGCAUACCUGAGGGCCAUUAAAAGUGAACUGAAAAGUGAAAAUAUGGCGUGGGAAGGUUUCGCUUAUGGAAACACUCACACCAUCGGCUCUCUCUACAGCUACGACAAAAGUCAGAAAGCGCUGGAUGUGAAGAAUAGUGGAAGCUACUUUGUGUACGUCCAACUCAGUCUAUUCUGCAACGGAAUCUGUUCGCCUGGCAAAUUCACCGUCAGCUUUUACAACCACCUGAACAGCAAGGAGCUGUCCUGUACCGUCUCACUGCCGGAAGGGACUAAGCCUGAGCCGAUCAGCAAGACCUGUUGGCAUGUUGUCACUUUCCCGGAAAACGGGAACCGGCUGAUGGCUAAAUCCGAGGUCCAGGACUCGCUGGGCGACUGGAGUCUGCUGGUCAACGACUCUGGCUUUGGGAUGUUCCUCGUGGACGGAGUACGAGCGGAACAAAGGACGUGAUUGAACUGAUUUCGGACCGUCUUCGAUGCACUCAGGACUGUUUUCGUAUUCGGCCCAUUUUUGACUGCACCAAUGUCCGCAAGCUAUCUUGGCUUAUUUGGCGAUGCCUUCGGCUAUCAUAAAGACUGGCAUUUCAGCAUCUUAGCCUCAAUAUUCUUAUGCAUUCUGCCAAAUUUGACAGUUUUUUCUCUACAACAAAAGCUCAUAAUAUGCAAAGACAUUUGAACCGAGUCGGUCUUGGGCCUGAAGAACGGAUAAACAAUGCUCCUAAAGCACUAUUUAUAACUGAAAUAUAUUUAUAUGCGUUUAACAUUUUAAAGACUUGUUAUAUUUAUGUAAUUUUUUAUAUUGUACAUAAUGUGUGUGUGAAACACUAAUUGUGUGCGGCGUCAGACCUGAUGAAGGUGAUAUGACUGUACUGUAUUAGCCUCGCGGUGUUUAGGUUUAUCGCAGAAAUAACGUAAACUUAUCACGUAUUACGUAACGUAAACUUACCAACGCAUCAACACUUAUUUAGUGGACAAAGUCCCUUGGUUAGGUCUGUAUUAUCACUGUACGUUUAAAAACUCAAAAAGCUGCAUGUGUGAAUGAGCAUCUCUUCACACACACACACACUUGUGUUGUGUGUUUGUUGUGAAGCAGAGCCGUGUCUGAAUGCUAACAAACUCAGGAACUCUAGAGAUGAAUGUAACUAUGAUGACGAUGUGUGAAAUGCUUUAUUUUGUAUAAUAUAUUUAAUAAAAUGUUCAUUUUAUGUAA